CACGUUGUGUGGUUAUGGUGACCAGUUAUCCAGGUUGUUUCGGUUCUGUCAACAACCUUUUAUAAUACAAAUUAAAGUCAAAACUCAACGAUCAACCAACCUUAAUCUUGACUUAAAAGUGAAGGAGGAAUGAAACAAGCGACAUCUGUUUUCUUCUUGUCUUAAAACCCCUCAAAAAAUGGAGAGUCUACAAGGCCUUUUGCUAGCUCUGUUCAUUGUGGCUUUUGGCGUUACUUCACAUCUAAUUCAAGCUCAGCCUGAUCCAAACGGUACACUCUUUAUAAACACUUUGCAUUUUUCUUUAGCAAAAAAAAAAAGACACUUUGCUUUAAAAUGUCUUGAAAUUUAAAUUCUCUUUGGUUCUUUUAUAUAUUCGACAUGGGUCUCUAUGUCUCACUUACCAGAUUUCAUCAGCUUGGAUUGUGGAUUACACCCUGCCGCUUCUCCCUAUACCGAACCAUUAACCAAAUUAACAUACACAUCUGACGCCAACUUCACUCAAGGUGGUCAAAGUGGUAGAGUCCAAAAGAUUUAUGAAGAGGACUAUAAGCCCUUCACAGUUCUAAGAUAUUUUCCAGAUGGUAUACGAAAUUGCUAUAAUCUAAAAGUCACAUCAGGCACAAAAUAUCUUAUCAAAGCUCUCUUCCUUUACGGGAAUUAUGACGGGCUCGAAACUGCCCCGAAAUUUGAUAUGUAUCUUGGUCCUAACAUAUGGACAACGGUCGAUUUAAAAAGCUCUUUAGGUCAAGGAAAGGAGGAGAUCAUACACAUACCAAAGUCAAGCUCGUUGCAGAUUUGUCUUGUUAAAACAGGGAAGACUACACCAAUUAUUUCAGCCUUGGAACUAAGAUCCUUGAGGGAUGAUACUUACGUCACUACAAACGGCUCCCUGAAGCUCUUGAAACGCUCAUAUGCUUCUGAUUUUCUCGGUCCUACUAUAAGGUAAUUUUAAAAUUUCUUACAUUACU